AUGGAGCUUCCGCCGGGUUCUAGAAGCGAGGUGAAGAUUACGGUGGGAGGAGUGGAGCUGGGAAUGGAAGACGACACGUGGUCGUACCUGCGUGACGCUAUAGGGAGUGAUAUUAUAGUGAAGCCAGGGGGAACAGAGGAGGUCUUAGUGAUAGAGGCGGUUCACGGAGAUGUGGGGAGGCUGUCGCUAAGUAUUUUUCUUAAAGUCGAGGCGCACGCGGAUUGCGACUGCGAGUACCUGCUUCUGCCGAUCGACCUGACGACGUCGCCAGGUGGCGUCGUCUCAAUGGCGGAUGAGAUCGACUUCGGCACGCUGACGUCAGCGCGGGACACGGUGAUCCGCCACGUGGAAUUGGGGAACGUGGGCAGCACCAUGGCGGCCGUAGACGACGUCCGUCUCGCGGUCAGAGACGAACAUUUGCAAGCUGCCCGUUUCCGCAAAGGACAGCAGCUGCCCCCCGGGAAGGUUGUGCAAGUUGCAGAGCUGAAAUACGCAGGCUAUAGCUUGUCGGCCGGUUUAAACGGGAAAGCAGGAGGGGGAGGGGGAGGGGGAGGGGGGGGAGAGGUAGGACCGGAAAUUGAGGGUUUUACACGUAGGGGACGUGUAGUGGUGCAGACGGCGCAGUCAAGUCCGUCGCUUGUAGAGGUGCCGUUUAAAGCGCGGAUAGUCAUUGGUAGCGUGACAGUGGAGCCUGUCGAAAACACCGUCUUUUUUUUCGCAGCAGCACCGGGGAAAGAGAAGCAGCAGGAGGGAGAAUUGUCUGGGCAGCCCUGGGGAGAAAACAUUGGGUUUGUUCGAUCUGCGGUGACCAAGGAGCUGGUCCUGCGAAAUAAGUUUUCCUGCCCGGUGCUCGUAUACGAUGCGUUCUUCUCGCACGACUGCAUUCAGGCCAAGGAUUUCCCGUCCUCUCUGCUCCCCCCUGGCGGCUCCAGCAAACCGUUUCUUUUGCAGCUGAAUCCGGAGAAAUUGCCGCUGUCGCUCACUAUAGUGAACUUCACUAUAGCGACGAAUGUGAGUGAUAUGGUUGUGCCUUUGCACGUGCUGCCUGGGCUAUUGGAUUUGGACGUUCCGUUGACAGCAGGAGCAGCAGCAUCAGCAGCAGCAGGAGGAGGAGCAGCAGUUGCAGCAGCAGCCGCAGAUAGCAGCAUGAGUGCUUCCCGCUCUCCCCCCUCCCCCCGCUCUAGUACCCAGGAUGGGGCGAUAAUGGGGGGUGUUGGCACAAGGUUAUUGGGUGAGGAGGAAGAGGAAGAGGAAGAGGAAGAGGAAGAGGAAGAGGAAGAGGAGGCGGGGUUUCGCGUUGGGGGAGACGCAGGCACGCAUUCUGAUGGUCGGUACGAGGGUGAGGAGGAACAACAGCAGCAGCAGGGGGAGCAGCUGCAGGGAAACAGUCGCGGGGUUUUGGACUUCGGCUUGAUUCUCCCCGGUUCAAGACGAAACAUAUCGUUUCGCCUGGCCAAUCCGGGCCCGUUUCCGGUCGCCAUCAUGUCCGCGUCGUGCUCCUCCCUCCACGUCACUGUCCACGUCAGCGACGUUAUCCACAUGGAGGAGAGGGAGGCAGAGCGCGCCCCUGUGCCUGUGGCCAUGUCAUCUGCUCUCCCAUCCUCUCAGCAUCAAGUGUUCCACCUCCCGAUUAGGGUUUCCGCUGAUCUUAAGGCUUCUGUGCUGGGGCCAUCUAAUGGAACGGAGUUGGGCGAUCUUGUGUUUUCCAUGCCGUUGCGGGAAACCUUCGUGACUGCAAGCGGAUGUGCUUCUAACGGGAGCGAGAGCUGGGGGCGAAUGCUAGAGAGACUGCAGGACGGCGGGAGGGGAAGUGCAGGCGGUGAUAAUAGCGAGGGGAGGGACCCGUGGGGUGAAGAUGUGACUAUAGAGGAACGGGAAACGGCACAGGGGAGGCUGGACGAGUGGACGCGCGUGGUCCGUGCAGGCGAGAAUGUGAUUGUAUCGACUUUAGUUCUUGAAACGGAAGUGAUGGAAUCGGAGGCUGUGGAGGUGAAAGGGGUACUGGCGAAGCCUCGAGUGGUGUCAGAAGCUUCGUCAGGUUUGCAGUACGGUCGGGUGCAGGUGGGAACAGCAGCAGGGGAGAUGGUUUUGGUGCAGAAUCCGAGUGAUUACCCUGUGCGCGUGCGCCUGGUGAUGGCCGCAGCUGGUAUCCUCCCCUGGACCCUCAACUUAGCCUCUCACUUGAGCGUUCCCUGGCUGGGUUUUGGAGCACCUUGGCUUGGGUUGGGUGUAACGAAGGAGAGAGAGGAGGGUGGGGCGGGUUUUACCUUGGCGCCGGAUGCAGUGACGGAUUUGAUUCUGCCGCCCGGGUGGGAGGGGCGGCUGGGGCCGGUGGUUUUCCGGCCGGAUGCUGCUGGGUGUGUGUAUAACGGAUCAGUCUAUGUGCGGAAUAAUCUGACGUUGUUGGAAGAGGUGAGGAUGGUGGGGGAAGGGGGGUCGGGGGUGCUGCAUGUGAUUGGGAGCAGAGGGCCGGAAAUGCUGCUGAUGGUGAAUGUGACUGAAGAGCAUGUGCUUGUAAAGGAGCGGCGGGGGAGGAGGCUGGUGGGAGCGGCAGGGGGGGCCUAUCCGAGGUUUUAUGUGACUGAAGUGGAGAGCAGCGUAGGGAGGGUGAAAUGGCCGGUAGUGGCCGAGCGGAAGUUCAAGCUGGUUAACCGGGGCGAUUUACCCUUGAAAAUCUUGAGUAUGAGCCUGCGCGCGAGCAAGAGCAAGGUCGUGUGUUCCCUCCGUGGAUUCUCCAUCCAUCCAUGCGAGCCCUUCACUCUCGCCCCUGGCCAAUCCACGCCUCUGCUCCUCUCUUUUACACCGGAUCUCACCUCGACUAUAGUUCGUGCCGUCCUCCAUAUAGAGUCAUCCGCUGGUGCGCACGAGCUGCCAAUCCGAGGGUACAUUCCGAGGAACCUUGCAGUGAUUGCUAUAGACGCGGAGCCGAGGCAUCCUAUGGAUUCAGUCAUGAAAGCUGUGGUGGCUUCGAUGCUAGUAGCCAUGUUUGGGCUGCUGGUGCGGGCGGCUGUGUCUCAGCUUACGCUGUUCCCCUCCCCGUGGUUCCCCGGGUUCUCUGCUGCUGCGGCGGCAGCGCUGACUAGGAGACUGCAGAAGAAGCAGAAUGCGCUGCUGCUGGCGAAUCAGCUUCAUGGCUCCGCUGCUGGCGGGGGAGGGGGAGGGGCGUCGGGCGGAGGGGGAGGCGCAGGGGGAGCGGGAGGUGUGGGGUUGGUUGGGGGAGUGGGGGUUGGCGGGGUGGGAGGCGGGAGUUUUCCAGCAGAUGCGGAGACGCGAGCGCGAGUGGUCAGGGUUCGAGUCUCGGUGGCGCCGAUUUCUGCAGGGAGAGGGCAGGGAGGAGAAGCGGGUGGAGGGGUGAGUGGCGUUGUGGGGAUGCCUGUUGGGAAGGGGCAUGACGGCCCUAUGGGGGAUUCUGGGGCGUCCUGGGUGGUAACCCGAGUGGAGAAGGUUACAGAUGGGGCGGAUGGGGAGGAUGAUGGCGUUACUGAUGCUGAGAUUGGGCUUGGACUAGAAACGGUGCUGGCAGUGCGGAAGCAGCAUAUGGAGCAACAGCAGCAGCAGGAGCAGCAGCAGCAGCAAAAGCAGCAUGUGGGUUUACCAAGUCAGCAGGCGUCAAGGCUGGUGCUGAAUGCUCCCCAGGCAGUGGAGCAAGGGAAGAAACAUACGGGCCAGAAGCCCGAGUCUGCAGCAGGUCAGAUGGCAUCCCAGCAACAGCCGGAGCAGCAGCAGCAGCAGGUGGGUGUUGAUCGUGGGGCAGGGAAGAGUGCGAUGCUGGUUGCAGGAGAGGCAACUGUGACAGCGGUGGCAGGUGCAGCUGGUAAAGCAGCACGGAAGAGCGCAGACUUAGGAACAGCAGGGGCGACUUUUGAGGCGCCUCAAAAGUCGGUGGCAGUGGCAGCUGGUCAGGCAGCACGGAAGAGCGCAGACUUAGGAACAGCAGGGGCGUUUGCGCCUGCAGCAGGUUCAACUGGGGGAGGCGUAGCUGUUGCAGGUGGAGUGGGAGGGGAGUCAUUUGGGACCGGGUUACCCGAUGCGGCUCGAGUGUUUGUGAAAUCCGCUUCUGUUCCUUCAGGUAGGGGUAAGAGCAGCCAAAAAGAGGCUGAUGCUGUUGCUGCUAGUGGUGGCGCUGCUGGAACUGACAAUCUGGCUGCUGCUGCUCCUGCUGUGAUGGAAGGGGGUACUGGGGGCGAUAAGGCUGGGAAGGAGGGAAGUGGGGCGACUUGGAACCCCAGUGCGUGUAGCAAGGGGGGUGGUGGUAAAGGGGGGAAGGAGGGGGUUGGUAAAGGGGAGGAGAAGAAGCAGCGUGGGAAGAAGGGGAAGGAGGAGAAGAUGAGAGAAAGGGAGUUGGAGAAGGAGAAGGAGAAGGAGAAGGGGAAGGAGAAGGAGAAGGAGAAGGAGCGGGAGAAGGAAAGGGAGAAGAAACAGGCGGAGAUGGAGGCUCAUUGUGAGAAGGAAUCAGGUAAGUCAAAGGAGAACGAGCAGGGACGCAAGGAGGAGGAGAGUGAGAAGGAGAAGGGAAAGAAGACUCAGAAGGAGGAAGGAAAGAAGGGGAAACUCAAGGAGAAGGAGAAGGCUGCAGAGACUGAAGAGGUGAAGGAGAAGGGAUCGAAAGGCAGUACAGAGGCGGCCAGAGAGAAUAAGGGAGAGCAUGGGAAGGAGGAGAAGAAUCAGGAGGGUGGGAAGGAGGAGAAGAAGGUGGGAGUGGUUGAGAAGCAAGGGGUGGGGGAGAAGCUAGGGGCGGUUGACAGGAAGGUUGCAGAGGAGAAGCAAGGUGCUGUGGAGACGGGGAAGAAGAAGAAGAAGGGCCAGGCAGCAGCACGGGAGCCGUCACCUGCUCCUAGUGCCCCUGCUGCUGCUGGUUCUCCUCCUGCGAGCACUGCUGCUGCUGCUGCUGCUGCUGCUGCUGCUUCUGUGGUCGCAGCAGAAAAACCUGCUGGGGCUGACAAGAAGAAGGGUGCAGAGCUCGGUAAGUUUUCCGGUAGUGAGGAUUCGACCAGGACUGGAGGGAAGCAGGCAGGAGAAGGGAAGGGAAGGAAGGAAGGGAAGGAGAGAGGCAAGGAUCAGCCGAAGCUGGUCCCUGUGUCGGCCGUUGCUGUGUCUGGAUCUCUGGUGGUUCGCUCUCCUGUAGAGAGUCCCACAAAGGAGGGUGGUGGUGGGAAGAAGCAGGGGCCUGGAGAGAAGGAGAGGGAAGGAGGCGGAGGGAAGUUGAAAGAAGUGUCAGGAAUUCUCACCACUUCCCACCACCAGGGAAUCAGGGAAUCUGCUGUGGUCUCUCCUCCUUGUGCUCCCAGACAGCCCUCUCCGGCCCCAUCAGCUGGUCAAAGCACUGGUAGCAGUAGCAAAAGAGAUGCCGCAGGUGCUGGGAUCAGUGCUGCUUCGGCAAACGAUCUUGCUCUAGCUGGUGUGAAGCCUGUGGCUAUUGGGAAGACUGCUGCUCGGGCACUGCUUCAGCAGCAGCAGAAGGAGAAGGAGCAGCAGGCAACGCAGCAGAAGCUUCAGCAGCAGCAGCAGCAGCAGCAGCAGCAGCAGCAGCAGAAGCUUGUGGGCCGUGGGUCUGUAGCAGCAGCUGGUGCAGCUGGCAUGAGGGUUACCCCAGAGAAAGCAGGUUUGGCUGUUGGACGGGGCAAGUCGGCUGCUUCUGGUGGUUCAGCUGGCUCGGCUGGAUUACCUUCUGGCAGGCAAGUUGCUCGUUCCUUCUCCCGCUCCCCACCACCACCGGACCCCUUUUCUCCUCCUGCAGAAGCAGCAGCAGCGGCAGCAGUGCCACCAGCAGCACGGUCAACAGCAGUUGGCGAAGGCGUUGUGCACAGCUGGCACGUUCAGAUAUCUGCUUCCUUCUCUUCACCUCUGCCUGCAGGACUAGGGGGGAUAGGAGGUGGGGGAGGAGGGGGAGGAGGCGGAGGAGGAGGAGCGAGCAGGAUGGCAUCUAUUCCCAAGACCCCUUCCUUUGUCAACACCUGUUCCGACCCUAUCCUGGUGCAUCGGCGCCUUCCCCCCUCCUCCACCCCUGUCGCCAUCGGCAGCGGCAGCAGCACCAGUAGUGGUGGCGGCGGUGGCAGCGGUGCUGGUUCUGCCGCUGCAGACUCCUGGAAGGUUCCAGGGUUGCUGAGCCCGGGCAGCCGAGUGGGGAGUUUUCUUGGUGGGGGGAGUAGCAGUGGGGGGAGCGGUGGCAGCAGGGGGGAGCUAGCAGCUGCUGCGGAUCUGGCAGUGGGCUCGUUUGCCAGGAGUGGUAGCAGGGAGGAUGGGUUGCCCGGAGCUGUGGCGUUUGGUGGCAGUCCUGCUGCUGCUGCUGCUUGUGCUGGUGGUGGUGGAGGCACGGGGGUUGCUGCAGCUUCAAGGGGUGGGGUGCGGUUGGAAGGUUCUUCAGGUGGUGGGCUGGCAGGAGCAGGUGAUGACGAAGCAGCUGUGUACGAUCUGUGGGGUAACCAUUUCGACCACCUUGCAUCGUUUGGGACAUCCCCACACCCAACAGGCAUCUCCCACCCAUCAAGCCUCUUCUUUUCAGACCGAGGCUUUCUGACCGCAUCUCCUCCUCCACCCACCACCUCCUCUGUACCCCACUCCUCGGGAAUCCUCGGGCCUUCACUCCUCCACGGCUCGCCCUCCUCUCCUCGCUCCCCGCGCGUGAUUGCACCACCUGCCAGAACCAGGGAUGCUCUGUCCCCUCCUCGUGACCAGUAUCUUUUCUCCUCUACCAUCUCUGGAACUCCUGAGGCUGACGGCCUUCCCCGUCGCCCCUCCACUGAGCUCUUCUCUUCUCCUUUUGGGGGGUUUUCUCUCUUUCCUACUACUUCACUGUCUGCUUCUUCGCCGGGGGAUGCUGUUCUAGGCCCCCCUUCCAGGUCUGCUUCUCCAGCUCCCUAUGGAUACCCGGAUAGAGGGGGUGGGUUGGGAGCAGGAGGUGUGGGGUCGGGAGGCGAAGGUGCGGUUACCACUGGUGGAUUGUUUGGAGCUUCAGGGGAUGCAAGCCUGCAGGGUCCUGUGAGCUCCCCGUUUGGGUUCGGGGUUUCAGGAAUCGACAUGGAGGCGUACUUGAAUUGUGGGGUUGCAGCGGAUGCUGUCAGCCCUGCGUUUAUGAGGACUUCAGAUGUGGAGUCGUUUUGGUCGCAUGGGGCUCCAGAGCAAGCGCUCCAUGGACACAUUUCAUCAAGCGGAGAGAGUGAUGACACAAGCGCACAGCCAUGA